AUGAUAGACCAAGCGGCAAGGAUCAAAGCCCUCGAUGUGUCGGUAGUUAACAAGAUUGCUGCGGGUGAAAUCAUAAUAGCACCGGUCAAUGCGUUGAAGGAAAUGAUGGAAAAUUCGAUAGACGCUGGAGCGACUAAUGUUGACAUUUUGGUGAGAGAAGGUGGUAUUAAACUUUUACAAGUAACUGACAAUGGAUGUGGUAUUAAUAAACAAGAUUUGGAUAUUCUGUGCGAGCGAUUCACCACGUCAAAACUUUCGUCUUUUGAAGAUCUAAGAUCCAUUCAGACCUAUGGGUUUCGCGGAGAGGCUUUGGCCAGUUUGUCGCACAUUUCCCGUGUGUCUGUCACGACGAAAACCAGGGAUAGUCCAUGUGCUUGGAAAGCCAACUACGUUGAGGGGAAACUAGCGGGCAAAAUCCAACCGUGCGCUGGUAAAGAUGGUACCACGAUUCAAGUACAGGACUUGUUCUAUAAUAUGCAAUCGAGACUGCGAUCCCUGAGGUCUGGAAGUGAAGAGCUGGCUAAAAUAGUCGAAUGCGUCGGUCGAUAUGCCAUCCAUACGAGGGGAGUCGGCUUUUCUUGCAAGAAAUUCGGCGAUCCACAAUUUGCCCUUAUAGUCAGUCCAGAACUCGAAGCGAAAGAGCGAAUUAGAGCCAUUUAUGGGGGCAGUAUAGCGUCCAACUUGAUAGAAUUGAAAGUGCCGAAUUUGGAAGAAUUUGGUGUGACGGCUUUGGGUCAAGUCAGUAACCUGAAUUUCAACAACAAAAAGUCCUACUCUUUCAUUUUCUUCAUUAACAACAGACUUGUCACUUGUGAGCCACUUCGGCGAUCCUUAGCCCAAGUCUAUUCCACUUAUUUACCCAAAACCAGCCGACCUUACGUCUACUUGUCUUUGAAUAUAAGGCCCGAUUUAGUUGAUGUCAAUGUCCAUCCAACAAAGCGCGAGGUUCGAUUUUUGCAUGACGAGGAAAUCAUCAACCAUAUUGCAAACUCGCUGCAAGAGACGCUGUCCAGCGUAGACACAUCUCGCGCUUUCAGAACAACUUCCAUAUACACGGAAAAACCUAGUAACACAGCGAUGGAUAAGGGUAUCCCUCCUGCAUCAUCUUUCCACAAACCUCCAAUGACUCUCGCUGGUGACAGGGCAAAAGUACGAGAAAAUAAGCUUGUCCGCAUUGAUGCAUCGCAAGCGAAAAUAACCAGUUAUCUGCCCUCAGUUGAAAAUGGAAUAGACUUUUCGCAAUCUCAAAGAGCCUGUCAGUCGAAAAAGAGGCAUAUAGAAGCCGUUGAUGAGGAAGACAGCGCUUCAGAUCUGAAAAGUGGCAUAACGAGUUCGUCUCAAUUUGGAAAUAUCCCUUCGACAUACCAGCACACUGGCAGGACUCGCACUGUUGUUAAUCUUCUGAGUAUUAAACAACUACGGAAAAGGGUUGAUGAUAAUACGGAUAGAGAGUUGACAAGCGUUUUCGCAAAUUUGACGUACAUUGGCCUCGUUGACGCGCAAAGAAGACUGGCCUCAAUUCAAUUUGACUUGAAACUUCUAUUGGUGGACUAUGGUUCUCUGUGCUAUCAUUUGUUUUAUCAAAUUGGAUUAUCGGAUUUUGCAAACUUCGGGAGGAUAACUAUUUGCAGCGAUGAGAAUUCUGAAGGUCUAAAAAUCUAUGACCUCUUGAGUGUCAUGCCCGACAUCCAAGAGGAUGCAAAGCUUAGGAGCUUAAAAAAUUUGUGGGAGAUGCGAGAGAUGCUUGGCGAGUACUUCUGUAUUGAAAUAUCAAACGGCGAUGAUGAUUUGAAGAACUGUACAAUUGAAACUCUGCCACUGCUUCUCAAAGAUUAUGACCCACCGCUAUCUAAGCUAUCAAUUUUUUUGUACAAAGUUGCCAUGAAAACGGACUGGUCCAAUGAAAUAUGCUGUCUUGACGAUGUUUUGAGACAGAUUGCUCUUUUCUACAUUCCAGAAGUCAUCGAAUUUAUAGAAACUGCUAAUGAUGACAAAGACGUCGAUCUGCAAGCGACGUAUGCUUCCAAAAUUGAGCGAAUAUCGCAGUGCUUAGAGCAUGUCAUUUUCCCGUGCAUCAAGAAACGUCUCUUAGCAUCAAAAGACCUCAAAUAUGACGUUGCUGAAAUCGCCAAUCUACCCGGACUUUAUCGCGUUUUCGAAAGAUGUUGA